GAGCUUCCAUUCCAAAUCCACAGCAUUUCAUCAAGCUAAUCAGGAGAGCAUCAUCAAUGGCGAAACCGCUGGGACACACAGGCGAGUUCUUUAGGAGACGGGAUGAGUGGCGGAAGCACCCGAUGAUGACGAACCAGUGGCGCCACGCCACCCCCGGUCUCGGCAUCGCCCUCGUGGCUUUUGGUAUUUACGUUGUCGGUGAAGCUGCCUACAACAAGAUCUACGCACCCAAAUCGCACUCACACACUCACUCUCACUCCAAUUCUGCUCCUGCUUCUUCUGAUUCUUCUACUUCUGCUAUUCAUUAGAAUCCCCCCUCUAUCUACAAGAUGAAUUCCCAGUGCCAAGGAUUAGGCACGAUCAUGUUUCUCACUCUUCUCUGUUUCUCUAUCAGUGUUUAAUAAGUCCUAAGAGACUCGUCUUUUGCCUUCAAUGAGCAGAACUCUGAAUCUGUAACUAACUGAGAAUAGUUGUGUAAUGAAUGGUCUGUAUCUUUUACCCUUAUCUCAUUGUGGUUGUUUUUCUUGUGUUACACUGAUUAUGGUGCCUGUGGUUUAUCAAUUGAGUUGUUCUGUUAAAAAGCA